AUGUACAACAACGCUUUAACUGAAAUACCUCCGCAUUCGUUAAAUAAGUACUCACGACUUAGAAUAUUGCAUUUGAAUUCAAACAACAUUUCAAAGCUGAAUGAAAGCUCGUUUUCGGGUCUGGAAAACUUGACGUUUCUCCGACUGGACGAUAAUUCCCUAGCGAUGACCCCUGACACGUUUCCCGUGGGUGUCUUCAAGCCUUUGGUGUCCCUCACGGCCUUGAGGUUGAAUAAAAACUUUAACUCGGCGGUAGGAGGGAACAAUUUUAGUUACCCAGAUUUAGCGCUAUCUGACUUGAAAAACUUGAAGGCGCUUUAUAUGGACGGGCUAACGAAUGCGUCGUUCGGAGUGGGAUUCAGUAGGAUGACGUCAUUGGUCAACCUGACCGUAACUGGCUAUCUGGAUGGAUACUGUAAUAUAAUUUGUUUAAGCAACACGACAUUCCAGUACCUGGGACACAUCAAGGUCCUCAACCUCAGCAACUGCCACCUACACGGAAAGCACAUUGACAAGGAUGCCUUCACGCCUUUGGUGAGCCUGGAGAUGCUGGACAUCCACUACAACGAGGACAUUGGAAUCAAACACCUGCAGCAUAUCAUGCACGGGCUGAGGAACAACACGAACCUGUGGUGGCUGGACGUUAGCACCAUCGAGUGGCGCUACUCCACCGGAACUCAAGUCAAUGCCAGUCACGUGACCAACCUCCCCAAGUCCUUGACCACUCUCAAGGUCGCGGGGAACAGCAUUGAGAAGAUAGACAACGACACGUUCGACCAUCUCCCCCCAAACUUAACUCUUCUGGACAUCGGAAAA